AUGGGGGACAUGACACCAGCAGAGGAGAUGGAGCUGAGGGCUUCUCACUGCCAUCUCUUUGAUUCCAGCAUGAGGAGUGAGGCAAGAAGGCUCUCGACUUUUUGGCUCUGGCCAAGCACCUCACCCGUGGCUGCUCGAGAUCUGGUCAAAGCUGGGUUUUUUUUUGUGGGUCCAAGAGAUGAAGUGCAGUGUUUCUGCUGUGGGGGUGUCCUAAAGGAUUGGGCAGCUGGGGAUUGUCCAGUGGCUGAGCACCUGAAGUUCUUCCCUUCCUGCAAAUUCAUCUGUGGCGAGGAUGUUGGGAACCAGGAGAUGUUUCCUCUGCAGGAAAUCUUUGACACUGUGGAUGGACAAUUCCUCAGCCUUUUGCCAGGGAUAGAGAGUGAGGAGACAGCUCUGCCCAAUGAGCCAGAAUACCCAGAGCUGGGCACUGAGGAGAUGAGAUUAUCUACAUUUCAGAACUGGCCCCAAUCUACUGAUCUGCAUCCUGAGCAGCUGGCUAGAGCAGGAUUCUUUUACACUGGACAAGGUGAUGUAGUGAGGUGUUUUUACUGUGAUGGAGGUGUGAGGAAUUGGGCCUUUGGAGAUGAUCCUUGGAGGGAACAUGCUAAAUGGUACCCAGAGUGUGAAUUCCUAUUGCAGUCAAAGGGGAGAGAAUUUGUUAGAAGUGUUCAGGAUUACUUUUCUAGCACCUCAAGAUCUCCAGGAGAUUCCUGGGAUCAGCUGGAACACUCUUCCUUUGCUUUCCAAGAUCCUCUGAGGAACUGGGAAUUGCAGGCUCAUCCUCCUUGGGAUCAGCUCCCUGUGGGGCAGGAGGGCUUUGCCCCCAGCUGGGCAGCUCACCCAGGAGAGCAGAGCUGGAGGCUGAGUGGGAUUUUCUGCUUUGCUGAGCCUGACCCUGUGUUUCAGCUGCUUCUGCCAGCCUGGAAAGUCAGCAGCAGUGCAGAGAGAAGCAGAGAUGCUGAUCAGGGGGAGACUGAACCAUCGAGUUCAAGAAGAGAAACACAGUCUGUGGAACGCAAGGAAUCAGAGGAGUCUGGGAUGAGCACAGAAGAGCAGCUCCGCCGCCUGCGAGAGGAGAGGAUGUGCAAAGUGUGCAUGGACAGGGAUGUGGCUGUUGUCUUUGUGCCUUGUGGCCACCUGGUAGCUUGUGGAGAAUGUGCCCUCAAUCUCAGAUCUUGUCCCAUCUGCAGAGCAGCCAUCCGAGGAACUGUGAGGACUUUCAUGUCCUGA